AUGGAAAACAUUCUUCUGUGGCUCUUCAGUGCAUCAGCUCUGGGCUCCGUCUGCUCUCUCCCUGUACGUCAGUACCACUUCAUCUAUGACCCAAAGAACUGGACCGAGGCGCAGAGUUACUGCAGGCAGCGCUACACGGACCUGGUCACUGUGGACAGUCUGAACAUGGUGACCAUGCUGAACGGCAUGGCAGACGUCAGAUCAAUAUUCAAAGCAGGCAGAUGUUUGGAUGUGGCUGUAAGUCGUUCUGUCCGACAGGCCUGGAUCGGUCUGUACUUUGAUGUGAUCAGCUGGAGAUGGUCGCUGUCAGACGGAGGUUUCUACAGAGCAGAUGGAAACUACAGAUACUGGUCAGCUGGUGAGCCAAACAGCGCCUGGUACACAGUGGACUGCACUCACAUGUAUGAUAAUGGAUACUGGAACGACGCUCCCUGCCAGUGGCUUUAUGGAUUCAUCUGUGCCAACACCAGCGGACAGACCGCAAAAUUUUUCUACAUCAGCACAUCAAUGAACUGGACCGACGCUCAGAGCUACUGCAGGCUGCACUACACAGACCUGGCCAGCGUCAGGAGCCUGCAGGAGAACGAGCAGAUAAGGACUGCGAGGCCUGCAGGUCUGACCGUCUGGAUCGGUCUCUACAAAGACACCUGGAAGUGGUCCAACGGAAACCUGUUCCUGUUUUCCUACUGGGCAUCAGGAGAGCCUCAAGGUGGGGUGGAAAACUGCACCGUGGCAAACUUCAGACUCUCCGGUCAGUGGGAGGACUGGCCAUGUGGCUUAGAGAAGACCUUCGUCUGCUACCAUGACACUGAACCUUUCACACGACACACAGUGAAGGUGAAGCUGGUGGGAAACUCGGCUCUGGGUCUGAACGACCCUGCAAUCCUGGAAAACCUGCUGAAGGAGCUCCAGCAGAAGCUGCAGGACCAGGCAGUGAAGGCUGAGAUCAGACUGAGCUGGAAGAACCAGCCUGAUGGGAAGAUCUUUUACACCGAGAAGCAAAAUUAACCCAAAGUUUCUCCAGAUGAGAAAUUUGAAUUUUAUUUUAAUUACCGGAGGGACAAGUAAUACAUAAAUAAAGAAAUGAUAUAGUAUGAAGGUUUAGAGGUGAAAACAAAGCUUUUAGUUUAGCAGCUGUAGAUAAAAACAUUUUUUUAUUAUAAAUUACUUUAAAGCAGAUUUGGGUUCAUCAGUUUGUUUCUCUGUUAAUGUCACUGGAUAUGUGUUGGUUUAUCUGCUAUGAAAUUAAAGAUAAAGUCUUAAAAUAUUAAAACUUUAUAUUAUACCUAACAGUUUACAUGAUAGUAAGAUUUUAAUCUCUCCCAUAAUAUUCCCCUAACAAUAACUCCUUUUU